AUGCCAAACUUUGAAAUGGAAGAUUACACUGUGGUAUGGAUCGCGCCAUUGGCCCUAGAAGCAGCGGCUGCUUUACAGCUGCUAGAUGAGCAUCACGGGGCACCAGCCCGCAAAAGUGGCCAAACAUUAGUGUAUCACCUCGGCUGUAUGGGAGAUAACAACGUUGCUGUUGCCUGUUUUCCGGCCGGCGAGAGCGGAAUCGGAGUAGCGGGAACCAUUGCUGCUGGAAUGAGACGCGAUUUUCCCAACCUGGAGGUCGGUUUACUAGUUGAUAUUGGCGCCGGUAUUCCAUCGUUUGAGAAUGAUAUUCAUCUGGGAGAUGUCGCUGUCGCUGUUCCUGAUGAGGAUAAUCCAGGGGUGAUUGGAUAUGACUUAGUCAAGAUUGAGCCUGAGGAAAUACGCCUGAAACAGUGGCAGAAUGCAAGUCACCCUAUGCUGCGAUCUGCGAUAUCGACCCUAAAUGCAGGCUUGAUAGCCUCUGAAGGAACAAAGUUCACGCGCCUUUCAACACCCUCACAACCAUCUACUUGCUCUGAGCACAUCCGACAGCCCCGGCAAUUUCCUAUCGUGCAUCAUGGCACUAUUCUCUCUGGAAAUAAAGUCAUUAAAUCGGCACGGUAUCGUGAGGAACUGAGACUGAGAUAUAAAGCUAUUGCUAUUGAGAUGGAGGCAGCGGGUAUAAUACCCUACCAGUGGCUGUGA